AUGGGUCGUGUUCGUACCAAAACCGUGAAGAAGUCUUCCCGUCAGGUGAUCGAGAAGUACUACUCUCGCAUGACCCUCGACUUCCACACCAACAAAAAGAUCUUGGAAGAAGUUGCAAUCAUCCCAUCAAAAAGACUACGCAACAAGAUUGCCGGAUUCUCCACCCACUUGAUGAAACGUAUCCAAAAGGGUCCAGUCCGUGGAAUCUCCCUCAAGCUACAAGAGGAAGAGCGUGAACGACGCAUGGACUUUGUCCCCGACGAGUCAGCCAUCAAAACCGAUGAGAUUAAGGUCGACAAAGAGACUCUAGAGAUGCUUUCUUCUUUGGGAAUGUCUGAAACUCCCGGGGUUUCUGUAGUGGAGACACAAGCUCCAAGCAAUGCGUAUGGCCGACCGGCAAGAAGAUUCUAA